AUGGCUGCUAUUUUGCCAUUUGAAACUGUUCUGAAAGAAAUAUAUUUGAAUAACAAUGAUUCAGAAUUAUCCCCGAAUCGUCCGCUUUACUCCAGUAGCGACGAAGAAGAGCCAAAAUAUGAUUUCAUUGGAGAAGCUGUCAAUAUUUUCGCCACUUGUGAUGAGGUAGGUCAAAAUAAGGUGCAUUUUGCUCACGAAGCAAGGAAAUACUUGAAUGAACUCUACAGGCUGCAUGUCAAAGGAAGCGAAACUUUAACAAUGAGCCGUUCAUUGCUGAAAACUGGAGCCAUUUUAAAAGACGAAGCUCGUACUUGGUUGGGUUACAUUCACAGGAGGUUAAUCGCGAGGCCACGGAUACGAAAACCAUGGUAUUUUGAAUUUACAAGAGAUAUCUCCAAGGAAAUUUUCUUAGCACUCAAAGAUGCACUCAGGUCUACAAACAAUCCAAAUUUGCUGACCGACAUUAACAUGGAUGGCAAAUUGGCAAUCGGAAAGCCUUCGUUAUUAGUGUGA